AGUAGCGCCCAAUCUUUUUCGUAUCAUCACCAUCCAGUGCUUGUCUGGAUGGGAGACGUUUAUAGCAUCGGUAAGUAAACGACAUCACUGGCAGCUGCAUGAGAGUUUUGAAGUUCCAUAGGGCGUCUCCGAGUUUCAGCUACAGUUUGAACAAAUUGCUGUUGCUCCAGACAUGUCUGGUAUGCGCUGAAAAUCACAACGUGCAAUCUCCAACACAUGCCAGACUUGUGCGAUAAUUUGCGGUAAACAAGAUACCACCGGGAUCGCCAUGACAAUAGCAUCCAGCGCUCAAACGUUCGAGGCCCGUAACGCAGAGCGCUCGCGAUAUCCCUGUAAGGCCCGUAACUGCAUCGACAUGAUUGCCAUUACACUCGUGCGUUUUGGUACCAUGUCAGCACACAUAUUCCUUCAACCCACUGCGUUGAAACUCGUGAAUGUCAAUGGUGUAGAUCAUUGAAUUAGGGGCGGGACAGUGGCGACGUGGCCCCUGACCAGUUGAUACUUUCUCCCCUGCAAGGUUCGAGAGGUAACAAGUGGAGCCAUUUCAAACUUGCCGACAAGUUACCCAUGCAAUAAGUCAAAGAGUACGACUCCAAUACAAAACUUGGACAAGUCGUGAUUGAUCACAGGGCUGUCAGGGCCGCAAUCAACGUUUUGACGCCUUUCUUUGAUCAAACUGAUAACUGCCGGGAACCGAACACUUGCUUGUGGAUUCCACAGCACUACGGCUUCUGGGUUCUUAAGCUCAUGAUGCAUGCAUGAGGACCGCAGUUUAUUAUAUUAUCAUUGCCGCACUAAUGCUGCGUCUGACGUGACGUAACUCGCUCAUCUGACCCAAUGUUUCGUAGUGAGUCGCUGCGCUCGCUAUCUUCACGAUAACAAAGUAGUAGCAAGUGUUGAUGAUUUAAAGUUGGAUGUCAAUUUCGAAUCGGACUGUGAUACUCCUGUACGCAUACCCCACUGUCGCAUCGUAGUCUCUUAGCUGCAAGCUCAACAAAAUGUUCACCACCGAGCGUCUCAUA